GAAAGGAGGGAGGGUUCGAUAUGUUAAGUGGGUAGGGAGACAGCGGUAUAAAAGCCAGUGCCGGAGAUGUCUGUGUCAGUAGUUGUUGUUGACUGAGACGGAUACAGAGAGAAACAAGGAGCGGAUUACGCCACGAGCUGACCAGAUAUAGCCUUCUCCCCUCACACCAGGUCUGCAGCUCUGCCAAGGACUGGAGGUCUCGUGAAUUUGAAAAGCCAACACCUAACAAAGCAGCUCUUUCAGUCGUAGGCUUCAGACACUAAGCUUCGCCAUCCAGGACAUUGGGAGAUUUAUUGACAGUUUGGCGUGUUCUAGACCUUAGCCGCGAGAAAGAGCCUCUGACAGAACAGGAGGCGACAGAGAGAGGAAAAAAAACUUUGGGAAGUGAAGCGCGAACAACUGCUUUUCCCACCUGCUUCAAGUACUAGUUGUUCUCUCAUGGCUGCUGUCCGCCAGAUGCCCAUGACAACCCAGGGCUUCCACCACAUGCUGCCGGCCCACCUGCUCUCGGCGGCCAUGGAGGAGUUCCCCCAGCAGCUGCCCGUCCCAAAGGGUCCUGCCAGGGGCAAGAGCCGCCCCCGCCGGCCCCGCGAGGCCCGCUUUAAGACCCAGCCCGUCACCUUUGCCGAGAUCGCCGAGGUGGAAGAGGAGGGCGCCUCGCCCCUAGAGGAGGAGAGGGCACGCCGGUCUUUCCUGCAGUCCCUGGAGAACCUUCGCCGAAGCACGCAAGCGCUCCACUCCCCGACGACCGUCAGUCGCACGACUCCCUCCACUCAGCAAAGCCUGGACUCCAGUGACUCUGACUCUGCCCAGUGAGGGGCGGGGCCGGAGGAGAAGCAGAGACAUGUACGCCCCUUCCUGGCAUUUGCAUACACCCCUUUUCCUCCAAUUCUGCUAAACACAGGGCUAAUUGAACUAAACUGGACUGGACUGAUUUCCAAGCUGCUCCUGUGUGCGUAGAGGCCAUUUUCCUUGACAAUAUGUGUCUACAUACAAAUAUAUACAUAUGUGGCUACAGUAUACAUUUGAUGCCUUUUGUAAAGAAUUAUACCAAGUAAUAUAAAAGGCACUGGCUGGUUACAGUAUGUUGCUCACGCCUCCUAGCUAAGCUAAGUUUAGAACAUGAGCUAUGACGCAGUGUUGAAUCCAUCACUUUAGAUAUAUUCUUCUUCAGAUAUAUUCCUUUGCUACUGCCGAAGACUUCUGGACAGGAGGUCUUUUGAAUUUGAGAUGCUUUCAAAAGAGAAAGUCUGUCCUUCCUUUUUAAAAGGAUGGAAACAAUGUUUUUUUUCCAUGUUGUAUUUGUUUAUGAAUUCUGAUUCAAACAGAGUCUUUUGAUAGAAGAGGCAACUUUUAUUCAGAUUUGACUGGCUAACUGAAAACAUUGACCAAGGACUGAAGAGUGAGGUGAGGUACUGAAUAGUGAUUCAAUGGUAAUUGAAGGUACUUGUGCAUUGGUACAGUUCUUACUUCUGUGUUUAUCUUCAUAGCUAGCAAACAGUAUUCACACCUCAUCUUGAGGAUAGAAACAAAAAAAUCCCUUUGCAGACAUAAAUAUUUAUUCUUGUAUUUUGUUUAUAACAUAGCAGAACUACAAAUGUUUUUCUUGUUGUUGACUAUUGACUUCUAAAGUCACUUUAUUGAUUUCUAGGAUAUCCUUUAUACAUUGUUUUACAUCUAUAUAUUGGCUAAGUUGUUUCAUAUUUACUUUAAUAAAUAUUUGCAUAAACAGCCACUUGUUUUUCUCUUUUGCUUAUUUACAAAUAAUUAAAUAUACACAAUAGUAGUCUCUUGGCAGUUGCAUCUCUUACACGGGAUCAGUGGCCACUCAGCCUAGUCAAAGCCAGCACAUUCCCUGCCCAUCCUCUGAAAACAUCUAAAACCCCUACUCCAAAAAGUAAAUUAAAUAAGAUAGCACAAAAAAAAAUAAAC